AUGUCCGGAGUUCUUGAAGAUAGAUCAGAUCGCUCCAAUCCCAGAGCUGAUACCGAUGGGGAGCUCUCUUUGGACAAUGGACAGAAUAAUGGGUCGAAGGUGCUUGUUUUCAAUGAACAGACGAAUUAUGUACCUAGACGGACAAUUAUCACUAUCUUCCUAGCAUGUGCUAGCGUCGAUUUUGUGUCAUUGGUGGACCAGACGACGUUGGCAUCAUGUCUGUACAUCAUUGCCAAUUCAUUGGGGGCAAGCAACCAGGCAUCUUGGAUCUCUGGUUCCUAUUUUGUAACUUCCACAUGCUUCCAACUUCUCUAUGGAAAGCUUUCCGACAUCUGGUCUCGGAAGCUUGUAUUGUUCGUUGGUCUGGCAAUUUUCUUCAUCGGGUCGUUAGCGGCCUCGUUGGCACAGACUGUCACACAGUUGAUCGUCUUCCGCGCCUUUACUGGUGUGGGAGGCGGCGGUUUGAUGACCGUCGCGCAGAUGAUCGUGAGCGAUGUCGUUCCUCUCCGUGAACGUGGAAAGUAUCAAGGUAUCAUGGGUGCAGUGGUCGCCAUUGCCAAUGGCAUCGGACCGCUCAUCGGUGGAGCGUUAGCAUCUGUAUCGCAAGAUUCGUGGCGGUGGAUCUUCCGAUUGAACCUGCCCUUGACUGCGAUCUGUUCAGCGUGUGUGUAUUUCUUCAUGCCAUUGCGGGAGGUCGAAGGUGACUGGAAACUCAAGGUGAAGGCCAUCGAUUUUGUGGGUGUAGUUCUGGCUCUUGGAGGUACCGCGGUCUUUUUCCUUGGUUUGAACUGGGGUGGAAACGAGUAUGCAUGGAAUUCUCCACAUGUCAUCGCAACAUUAGUGGUUGGCUUCGUGAUUUCCGUUGCUUUUGUGCUGUGGCAGUGGAAAGGUGCUGCUGUCCCCUUGAUUCCCCUUCACAUCUUCCGCGUUCGAAUUGUCAAUGGUUGCACUGCCACCAUGUUCAUCGGGGGGUGGAAUAGUAUGGUUCAGCUCUACUAUAUUCCCACCUUCUUCCAGCUGGUCUACAACUACAGCACCGUGAAAGCGGCCGCUAUGUUGAUCCCAAUUAUCGUGAUUCAAACUUUCGCCAGUACCAUAUCGGGUCUUGUCGUACACUGGCUUGGUCGAUACAGAGAAAGUAUUCUUUUCGGGUUUUCCAUCUGGGCAGUUGCUCUUGGUCUCUACUCGACCCUGGAUGAAACAUCAGGGGUUGGGAAGCAAAUUGGCUAUGCCAUUUUGAGCGGAGCAGGUGUCGGAAGUACCUUGCAACCAUCUCUCAUUGCACUACAAGCUGGGGUCGAGCGUCGAGACAUGGCUGUCGUCACUUCCUUCAGAAGUUUCAUGCGGAAUCUGGGUGGCACACUUGGAAUAGUCAUUAGUGGGACAAUCCUCAACAACGUGAUCGCAUUCUCAAUAUCGAGCCUCGAUCUCUCCGCAUCUGACUCACAGUCCCUGUUGACAAGUCCUUCGACUUUCCUAUCAACCCAGUCCGCAGAGGAGGCAGCGCAUAUCCGGAGUGUCUUGAUUCCAGCGUACCGAAAAGGCUUCCGGAUCAUUUUCCUUAUCGAGGCAGGGCUAGCAGCAUUGGCGGUUCUGCUUGCUUGUUGGCUUAUUCCCCAGGUUGGCUUGAAUAGGGCUGAUGAUGCUGCUCUGAAGGAGGAGGGAAAGAAGAGAGCUCAGAGUGGGUCAGAUCCGGAGAAGGAACCUAGGCAGAGCGAGAAACCCGAAUAG